UUCCUGGGAAACCCGAACUGGGCACGGGGCUCUCCGGCCGCUCCGGGACUGAUGAUCGCCCAAAGGAAAGGGAGAGAAUAGGAGACAGAGAGUGAAGGAGAUUGGGAAUCAGGGAUCGGGGUCCCAGUGCCCAGUCCUGCUCCGUCGGGGGUGGGAUCCGCACCCGCAGGAAAAAUUGGAUCCGCGGAUCGCGGUGCUGCUCCCGCUUCGGGCCGAACCCGGCGGGGUCCGGGCAGAGUCUGAGCGCAGGGCCCGGGAGCGCAGCACAGCCCGCCCCGGGGGUCCCGGGUGGAUCCCUGAGGGAUCCAGAGGGGUCCCAGGAGGGGAUCCAGGUGAAUUUCCUGGAAUUCCCCCUUUUCCCCUCCCCCCCGCGCUCCCUCGGGCACUUUCGCUUUCGGGUCUCUCGAGCUGCGCCACAGCUGCGAGCGGGGACGGCUGCGAUGGCUCCAGCGCUGGGGCUGGGGCGGGGGCUGCUCCUGGGGCUCCUGGGGAGCCUGGGGGGCGCGACGAAAGUUCUCCAUUCCCUGCGUUACCUGGAUGUGUCAGUGUCUGAGCCCAGUCCAGGGAUCCCCCAGUUCAUGGUCCUUGGGUACCUGGAUGGGAUCCCCUUCACACGCUGCGACAGCGAGCGGGGCCGGAUGGAGCCGCUGACACAGUGGAUAAAGGAUGGAGCCGAUCCGGGAUAUUGGGAUGGGCAGACCCAGAUCUGCGUGGGGACACAGCACGUGUAUGCCAGGAACCUGGAGAUACUGCUGGACCGGUACAACCAGAGCAGGGGUCUCCACACAGUGUUGCGAGUUUACGGCUGUGACCUCCUGUCUGACGGGAGCGUCCGUGGAUCCGAGCGGCACAGCUACGAUGGGCGGGAUUUCCUCUCCUUUGACCCUGAGUCCAGGAGAUUCAUGGCGGCCGACAGCGGUGCUGAGGUCACCAGGAGGCGCUGGGAAGAGGAGAACGUGGCUGAGGGUUUAUCAAAUUAUCUGGAGCAUGUCUGCCCGGAAUGGCUCCAGAAAUACGUCAGAUAUGGGCAGAAGGAGCUGGACCGCAAAGAGCCCCCUGAUGUCCACGUGUCCGGAAAAGAGGAGCACGGGAUGCUGAUCUUGUCCUGCCACGCGUACGGAUUCUACCCCAACGCCAUCGCAGUCAACUGGAUAAAAGGGGGUGAAAUCCGGGAUCAGGAGACGGAGUGGGGCGGGGUCGUUCCCAACAGCGACGGCACCUUCCACACCUGGGCCAGGAUCGAGGCGCGGCCGGAGGAGCGGGAGCAGUACCGGUGCCGGGUGGAGCAUCCCGGAAUGUCGGAGCCCGGGAUCUUCGCUUGGGAGCCGACAUCUGGCGGGAAUUUCACUGUGGUGGUCGCUGUGUCCAUCGCUGCCAUCAUCAUCCUCACUGCCCUCAUUGGAUUCGUCGUCUGGAGGCGCCAAUCCGGGAGGGGGGACAGGAAUAAAUAUAGCAUGGCAGCUGGAAAUGAUGUGGGAACAAAGGCUUGAAUGCAGCAGCAAUCACCACCUGAGCAAUCCAUGGAGUUGGAUCUGGCCCUUCCCUCUUCCUAGGAAAGCCGAGAGCUGCCAGCAGAACUCACCCCCGCUGCUCCCACCCACCCACAGCUCCUGCUAACAGAUCAGUUUCCCAUUUUCCAGUGCUUUAACGCCAAGAACCACAAAUAUUCCCAAUGCUUUAGUUCUGAUGUGCAAUUAUCCUGCUUUGGGAAAUAAAUCCUGCUUGGGGCAUUAAAUCCGGGUUCACUCUU